CAUGGGCGUCCGCUCCUCCAAGGUCAAGCCGAAGGAAACGGCGGAAGUGUGGCCGGGCGAGAGCGGCCGUGCCAGCCGGAGCGACCGCGAGCUGGAACUCCACAAUGAAGUGGCUCGCGCGGCGGGCCUGGCAGUGGGCGGGGGGAAUCUCUCGGCAUCCGUGGCCUGGCAGGCCAAGCCCGCCUCCAGCGGCAACCUGCACUACGAGCUAGCCGCGCCGCCACCCCUGGACCCGGCGCCGCCCGAAGGCCUCUUGGACCCCCGCCCCCUUCAUCUCUCUCUCGACGCUACUCCGCCGCCGUCGCCGCCGCCGUCGCCGCCGCCGACGGAGACGGGCAAGCUGUGGCACACCUCCCGCGAGCUGGACAAGGCGGCGGCGCACGCAGAGGAGGCGGAGGCGAAGAUGGCGGCGCUCCGAGUCGGCGACGACGCCGUGACCGCCGAGCGCCCCGCCAAGUCGUUCGGCUCGUGCGGCGAGUCGUCGCCGGCCGAGCUGACGGUCUCCGCGCAAGAGUUCACGGCCGCCGAGCUGCGGGCGGCGGGCUACUCAAAGGAGAAGCUGGACGGGGCGGGCGUGCUGAGCGGGCAGGGGGCGAAGCCCGCUGCCUCGAGCCCCUCUGUCGAGGCGGAGCUCCAGGCGGAGGCUGAUCUCAUCUAAUAUCUCAUCGCAAACACCCCCCUCUCUCCCUCUCCCCCAUCUCUGUCUCUGUCUGUCUCUCUGUCGGGCUGUAUCUCCCUCCCGCCCCCCUUCCCCCUCCCACCCCUCUCUACACACCGCAGCGGCUGAGAGCUCUCAGGCGGAGGCCGAGGCGAUGGCCGCCCAGCUGCGGGCGGCGAGGGCGGCCAAGGCGGGAGGCGGCAAGAGUGCGGGCGGCGACGCUCCCAAGGCGAGCAACAACACGAGGACGUGCGCUGGGUGCGGCGAGCUACUCUUCGGCGCGGCCGGCGGCGAGGCCGUCGAGGCGGCGCACUCUCCAAACUAUUAGCCUAUUAAAUCAUCGACGCCUACCUAAUAAUUGUUAUUAGCCUCCGGCUGAUUCGCGUUUUAGCUCGGGCUUGGCUAAUAAUCGUAGCUAAUAAGCCUCCACCGCGGGCGGGAUCGACGGGCAAGUAGCAGCAGUCAUUGCCUCCAAGACCUGCCCCCUCUCCACCCACGCCCCACGCGACUAGGCGGCGGGCAAGAUGUGGCACAGCGACUGUUUCGUGUGCGCCGCUUGCGGCAAGCCCAUCGACGGCGAUUUUGCGAUGCUUCACGGCAAGCCGCUGCACACCGCUUGCCACCUCAAGGACUACGGCGUCCUCUGCGCCGGGUGCGGCCGGCUGAUCGACGGCCGCGCCGACCCGGGCUUCGUCGUCGCCGGUGACAAGAGCUACCACUCCGCGUGCUUCAAGUGCGCAGAGUGCGGCGUCUCCCUCGCCGCGGGCGCGCCGUACCACCUCGUCGCCGGCGCCGCCUACUGCAAGCUGCACGACCGCCGCCGCAAGAUCACCCGCGAUAAGCUCAAGGUGAACUCGACCACGGGCGAAGAGUUCUACGUCGAGGCCGGCACGGGCCGAAAGUACCGCCACGCACCGACAGCCGACGGGCGCGGGGGAAAGGAGUACUUUGAGGACGCGGCGCCGCCGGCCUUGGGCGGCGCGUCCACCUGGCGUCAGGACGCGCCGUGAGUAUCUCGCGCGAUCUCGGAGGGCGAGUCGGAGAGAAGGGGAGGGUCGACGGAGGCAGGGCCGCGGCCUGCUCGAGCGCGCGGGUGCGCUGCCGCCGCUGACGGGCGUGUCCACUGCGGGCGCAGAGAGUCCAGGUUGUGAAGGGGCAGAGGGUCCCGCUGUCCCGCGCGGCCACUGUCGUGCCUUGCGGCGUAUCGACGCUAGAGGGUGCGCAGCGAUUGAAGAAUCGCGUCAGUGAGACAGUGAGACCAACGACCGGGACACCGGCACGAUAUAUGUGUGUAUGUUGUCACACACUUUGUUGUGCUCUCCUGCGACAUGCCUAGUGCCAUAGGACCAGCCUUUUUGUAU